CUUUUUCCCCCGCCUCCAUUUUGUUCGCGGACGCUGGGGACGGUGGGAGCAGAUCCAUUUCCGGGUUGGCAAAAGGGGCGGCGGCGGCGGCGGCGAGAAAGAGAGCCUGCCGGGGGGCGAGCGGGACAGGACCAAGCCGGAGCGGAGGUGGCGGAGGAUUUGCUCCCGGAGCUGCUGCGGCCAGGUAUAUGAGUGACCUAAAGCUGCAAAUAAAGACGGAGAGAGAGCAGUGCCAACUGGGAACAGGGCAAGGAUGCCAAUUCCUCCUCCCCCUCCACCCCCACCUGGUCCUCCCCCCCCUCCCACUUUUAAUCAGGCAAACACAGAGCAGCCCAAGCUGAGUAGAGAUGAGCAGCGGGGUCGAGGUGCCCUCUUACAGGACAUUUGCAAAGGGACCAAGCUGAAGAAGGUGACCAACGUUAAUGAUCGGAGUGCCCCCAUCCUCGAGAAGCCCAAAGCAAGCAGUGGCGGUUAUGGCUCUGGAGUAGCUGCCCUGCAGCCCAAGGGAGGGCUCUUCCAAGGAGGAGUGCCGAAGCUUCGACCUGUGGGAGCCAAGGACACUUCAGAGAACCUAGCUGGUAAGCCAGCCCUGCAAGUCCCCAGUUCUCGAGCUGCUGCCCCAAGGCCUCCAGUGUCUACAGCCAGUGGGCGUCCUCAAGAUGAUACAGACAGCAGCCGGGCCUCACUCCCAGAACUGCCCCGGAUGCAGAGACCUUCUUUACCGGACCUCUCUCGGCCCAAUACCACCAGCAGUACGGGCAUGAAGCACAGCUCCUCUGCCCCUCCCCCACCACCCCCAGGGCGGCGUGCCAAUGCACCCCCUACACCUCUGCCUAUGCACAGCAACAAAGCCCCAGCCUACAACAGAGAGAAACCCUUGCCACCGACGCCUGGACAGAGGCUUCACCCUGGUCGAGAGGGACCUCCUGCUCCACCCCCAGUCAAACCACCUCCUUCCCCUGUGAAUAUCAGAACGGGACCAAGUAGCCACUCUCUGGCCCCUCCUCCACCGCCUUACCGCCAGCCUCCUGGGGUCCCCAAUGGACCCUCCAGUCCCACUAAUGAGUCAGCCCCUGAGCUGCCACAGAGACACAAUUCUUUGCAUAGGAAGACACCAGGACCUGUCAGAGGCCUAGCACCUCCUCCACCCACCUCAGCUUCCCCUUCUUUAUUGAGUAAUAGGCCACCUCCCCCAGCCCGAGACCCUCCCAGUCGGGGAGCAGCUCCUCCACCUCCACCACCCAUGAUCCGAAAUGGUGCCAGGGAUGCUCCACCGCCACCCCCACCAUACCGAAUGCAUGGGUCAGAACCCCUGAACCGAGGAAAGCCCCCACCUCCACCCUCAAGGACACCAGCGGGGCCACCUCCUCCUCCACCACCGCCCCUGAGGAAUGGCCACAGAGAUUCUAUUACCACUGUCCGAUCUUUCUUGGAUGAUUUUGAGUCAAAGUAUUCCUUCCAUCCAGUAGAAGACUUUCCUGCUCCAGAAGAAUAUAAACACUUCCAGAGAAUAUAUCCCAGCAAAACAAACCGAGCUGCCCGUGGAGCCCCACCUCUGCCACCCAUUCUCAGGUGAAGCCUGGCUUGGUCCUGUUCCUCAGGAAAAGGAUGGACCUUCUCUUCUUCUCAGAUGGUCCCUUCCAUUCCCCGGAAACCUGCAUGAGAGCUCCUAACAUGUUUCUCCAGUGCAACCAACCCUAGACUCCAAGCGUCCUCCCAGCUCACCUCCGUCUAUGCAUCUCGUCUCUGGACUUGGUGAUCGGACUCUUGAUAUUGAUAUAGGGUCUCAAACCCUGCAUCCAUCCUUCCUCUAGCAAGCCCUGCUAGCCAGCUGAGGAAAAAGCUUCUGUAUCUCCUGCUUUCCUCUUGGGGAAAGGUGCCUUGUUGUGAUGAAUUAACUUAUUGCUGGAGCAGGGCAGAAUGAUACUCCUUCCUCCCCCUCCCCACUGUGAGGGAAGACUGGCGGGUAUAUUAUAUUUCAUCAUUUCAUAGGCUGGCAUGGCCGGGACUUCUGGGUGGCAGGGGAGCAUUUUUAGUGAAGCAGAAAAGGAGUUUGCAGAGAAAUGAUCUGUUUUAAAGGUCAGGUUUGGAGAAAGGGCAAGGAAAUGGGUCUGCUUUAUUUUUAGGGGUAUUUUGGUUUUGUUCUCACCCUAUCCCCCCAGCCCAGGAAUAAGUUGGACAUAAACACUAAAAACCAAUCAGUUGAACUAAACAUUUAAUAAAAAGAGAGGGUGAAAUAAACUGAGUCAUUUUAGAGCUAGUCAGUUCCUCUGCAGCAAAGGGACCAUGAGCCAUUUGAGUCCCUUGGGACUCCCUGCCCCAUUUCCUCAGGGUGCUAGUCUGAGGGAUUUUUCCUCCCCCCACCCCCUACCUCCCCAUGACUUUUCAAGAGAAAAGUCACUUGUGGGGGCAUCAUUCAUUCCUGACUCACAAGCCCCAGAAACCUCUGAUGGGAGAGAGGAAGACAGGGCCUGGGCCUUGGCCUUAACCUCAAACUUGAGUCUGCCUCAGUCUUUUCUGACUGGCCCUGAGUGGUCAGUGGUUCUUUCAGUCCUUUAGCCCCUGGAGGGUGCUCCAGGAUGACAAAGAAGGGAAGGGUGAAGCACCUCAUGGAAGGGUCUGGCUCUAUAGGCUACAAAGGACUUUAAAGCCUGCUUGUACUGAAGUUCACAGCCCAUCUGACUGAACAGACUCUUCCUUUCUCCACCACUCUUGCCUUCCCAAGACUGCAGGGGUUAACACGGAAGAGUAGUAGAGAAGGCUGAGGGAGUAAGUUGAAGCUUAUGAGGAUAUUCAGAGAUUCCUCUAUGCCAAGAAGCACAAAGAUGUUGGUGAGGUGCGCCUCAGUCCAGUAGAUCUUCUUUGGCAGCCAGCAAUACAUUGUUUCUUCGUCUUCCAGGUCCCAGUUAAAGAGCACAGAGAAAAUGGAGGUUCCUAAUCUAGGUAGGAACUGAGGUUGGAUGAGAAGACAGGGACCAGCAGCAGGAUGGAGCUCCUGGGCUCCACAUACCAGAUGCUUUGCUUUGCUACAGCUGUUGUCAUGUGUAGAGGCUACUCAAAGCUUGGCAUGAGAGGAGGGAGACUAUGGCUAUUUUUUAAAAUCAGUGGGGAAAAUUAGUUUAAAAAUUUCACCAGGCACAUCACAGGUUUAAACUGCCUUAGGGACCUUUCCAAUCUAUUGGAUCUGUGCCUGGUGCCAGGUGAAACGCAGGUCUUCCCGUGCCAGGUGAGGGAGGGCUCAACUUGGGUUAUUUGUAUGGGGUCUGCUAUCCUUUGCCAUCCCCUGGACCACAUUGACUCUUGGGACAAACUAUGAUGAGGUCUGUCACCAAGCUUUUUCUAAUCAUGCUUUAUUUAUCAUUCUUCUUUUCAAGUCUGUUAGCAGUUAUCUCCCAGAAGUGUCCCCAGCGUCUUGGAGUAGAGCUGAAAGAGGGGAUACUAGGGGAGGGGAAAGGAGAGAGGACAAGCGUUGAUGCUGCAGCAGAGUUCCAGGGUAGAUGCUGACAAGUUACUGAACUUUGACUGUGAAGUCUUCCCAUUUAUUUUUGAAAUGGGAGGUGAUGCCUUUUGUACAAUGUUAUCAAAGUGUGUCUUUUUUUUCCCUUACUCAUACAUAGAACAUCAAAAUAUCACAAGUAAAGCCAAACCCCAGCUUUUCACUGGGGCUGAUAUCUUCCUCCCCAUGACCUGCUGCCCCUCAUAUCCUCAGCAUUUGGACUGUGUCACAUGGAUACUGAUUGUAUAUUUGUUGUCUUGGCCUCAUGAAAAUAGGCCCAGGUCUAGAUCUAGUCAGAUGGGUUUUCUUCUUCAGAGCAUGUUGAUGACACAGCACUCUUUAAAUGUCUUUGCCUUAUACAUUAUUUGGUCCCACUGUUAAUAUUAGAUGUAUUAUCAUGUAUAUUUACUAUUGAAGAUGGGAAUGUGAUCCUCAUAGUUACUGGUCUAUUUUGUAUGUUGUAAAAAGCUUAUAAUAUAGGUUUAAGGUGGGCUGGCUACAAGAGCACUAAAACUACUCACCUUUUUAAAGCUCUUUUUAUCUGCUUGUGGGAAUGUUGUCUCUUCAGUGGAACAUUGGGUGGUCUCAUGUUGAGACUUUGGCCCAGUCCAAUUAACUCCCUUGUCCCCUCCUAGAAGAAAGAGACGUUGCCCAACUAAGCAUCAGGAAGUUGUAUUAAAAGCCCUUGUGUGGGUUUGGUUUUGUGAUGUUUUUCCCUAGUGGGAAAAACUUAAUAGUUGUUUCUUACCGCCGUAUCUGGGAAGCAGGGCAAUGGCCUCCAGGUUUUUAAAUGAGCUCGGUGCCCCUUUUCCCCCUCUUCUGUGGUCACCAAACCUGGACCAAAGCACUUUGAUAUUCCAGGUGUGGUUUUCUCUGUCAUGGGAAUUUGCUCCAGCUGCCGUGCCCUGUCAUUUUCACAGCCUAGGCCAGCAGAGAGAGCCUAGGGCUACCCCAUUCCAUGAAUGUGAGGCUGCUGUCUCCAGGAAUUCAUCCCAGCUCUCCCAACUGGCAAAGGCAAGGAAACUAGUCACUGGCUAUUGCACUGGGGGAAUGCCCUCAUCCCACGGCUUCCCAACUUGAAAUCCUGAUUUACCUCCAGGGAGAGGUGAGAAAAAAGUUGUAAAUAGACUUGCUACAGAGCAACUCAGGGUUGGGGUGUGUUUUAAUUCUCCUGAUCACUUGAAAUAAUCUGUAGGCUGAGUGCUUAUGGGACGGGGGGAGAAAUGUGACUCCAGGGUUCUUCCCUUCUGUGAAGCUCUGGGGGUGGAGUGUAGGGCAUCUGAGGCCCUUUGAUGGCACUACACUGAGCUGUCUGUCCUUCUGGAAACCCAACCUGCGAUCAACUGCAGAUCAGAUUUUUCACUUUCCAGUUGUAGUCUUUCUUUCCCUAUUGAAUCUCAGCCCCUGGUUAGGUGGUCAUGGUGGCCUUCUGUUAAGCCACCCUAAUUUCGGGAAUGGGAAGGGAGAGAGGAGUGUCCUUACAACUCUGCCUUCAAAACUCAUUUCUUAUAAACAAAAUGAAAUAAUCACCUUCAAAACCACAUGCAAAAAAAAAAGAAAGGUUUGGUUCCAUUCAACUCCACGUUCAUUGUGCCUUUACUUGUGUUAGUUUUCUGUGCUUUCUUCUCUCCCCAUUUGAAGCAAUUAAAAUCUUCCUUGAUAACUGCUGUUUUCUUCUUUCUACUCUUGUUUCUCACAACGUAGUGGGUUCCUUCUCUAAGUGUCUUAAAUCUCAUUCCACUGGUGGCAGAGGGGGGCCUCGCCUUCUUUUCUCAUGUCUAACCUUUGUCCUUUUCCACGGUGCCCAGCAUGGAAGUCACAGUCAACACUGAAUAAAAGACUAGAAUGACACGUGUGUAUGUGUGUGUGCAUGUGUGUAUAUGUGUGUUCAUCUGUCUGCAUGUGGAUCAAUUCCUUUCAAAAAAUAAUUUAUUGUGUGAUUUAUUUUGCUGUUUCCAUUUUUUUUCUUUUUUACCAAGAAGUUGCUGGCAUGUAUGAUUUAUUUUGGAACUAUUAUACUCUGAUUACAGUGCCCCUUCUUCCAAAUAGCAUUGAUUUUUUUUUUUUUUCUCCCUUUAAAAUGUAUAAUCUGGUCUCAGGUUGGAUCCUUUGGUACAUUUCUUUCUUCUGGAUGCUGUGCAGUUUAAUUAAACCUUGCUUAAAAACAAAAACAAAAACCUAAAAACUGUGUACUCGUCUGGAAUACAGCCUCAAGUGGUGGCAUAGAGAGGGUAGAAAAUCUGUUGCCUCAUUUUCUGGGUAAGUGUAGUGGUUUGAUUCCAGGUCCCCUCAGAAAAUAGAUGUUUUGACUUGGGCAGAAUCAUCAGUUUCCUGAGGGUUUUCUCUCCUCCCCUCCUGCUAUGUUUUAAAAAAAUCAGAGUUCUUGUUAGCCUUGCUGAGAGAUUCUGACAGUCCUUGUAUUUCCACCUAAUUCCCCUUUGCCCACGAUUUCAGGGAACUCAGGAGGCCCCCUGGCCUUGUGUCCUUUUCCUUGUGUCCCUUAUGAUUCUUUCUACCUGUGCUGUAUGGCAGCUUCUCAAAUUGAGGAGUAGAAGAAAAGGUGGGGGCAGAGCAUACAGACUGUGUGUAUCUAUUUUUUAUAUGGGUGUUGGCUGUUUUUCUUCACUGCCUUUUAAAAGCUGAAAUCUUAGCUUUUUUUCCUCGAACUUUGACUUUAGGUGUAAAAAUUCAACCAGACAUUCUCUGCUUACUGUGGUCAGCUGACAUAAUAACCACUAAGGCUUACUUGUACUUUUGUCACUAGUAAAGGUCUUGAAAUGAUUUCCCAUACUGAUUCUUAAUGGGUUUGUGUAUGAAUCAUUCACAUAAUUUAGAUAUAAAAACCUGUGAGGGUGAGGGAGGGAGGGGGAAAAAAAGACUCUUCAUUUUCAUCCAUACUUACCAGACUGGCUGAAUCCCUGAUUAUUUGACCCAUCAUUGUUAUUAAUAUGAUUAAUAAACUACCUAUUUAUUGAUU